AAUUGCUUCCAGUGACCUUGGAUUUCAUGACCUCUCCAAUCAGGAUACAGGGGCCUUUGGCGAGAAAUUCAGACUCGGAUUUUCAAAGCACAGAAGCCCGAUGGCUGCAGCACCUGCACCAGGAAAGGGCAUCCGGCGCGAAGAGCCAGACCCCCGGGGAACCGCAGCGCCGACUCAGCCGUCUCCGAGCGAGAUCGAUCUCCAUCCGUCAGGGCCGUUUCCUUCGCCCGGCCCCGCGGCUCCGGGGCUGCGGCCGCGCGGCCAAUUAGGGACUCGGGGACCCGACGGCGCAGCGCUCCGGCCGGCGCCGCGCCCUCCCCGCCCGGCCGACCGCUCGCCCGCUUCGCUGGGGGCGAGGACAGCCCGCGUCCCCUCGCCAAGCGCGCGCUGCCCACGCAUGGCUUCUGGGAUCUUAGUUCCUGGACCAGGGAUGGGAACCCACCCACUCAGCAGUGAGAGCAGGAAGUCCUAACCAUUGGCCCACCUCGGGGUUUCCAAGAUCUGACACAUUUUUUUUUUAAAUCAUGAGACUUGUGAGCUGGGAGGAAUUGUUGAAAUCAUUCACUUCGAUCCUUUCCUGUUAAGAGUGAGCAAACAACUGGGGCCUGGAGAUAUUAUGACUUGGCCAGAGGCACAGGGAGACUUAAGAGGAACCUAACUUCUAGAUGGUGACUGCAGCCAUGAAAUUAAAAGACGCUUACUCCUUGGAAGAAAAGUUAUGACCAACAUAGAUAGCAUAUUAAAAAGCAAAGAC